GAGACAAACUUGUGUGAGGAGGAACUGGUUUCCAAAAAAAAAAAAAAUGCACGUCUGCUAUUUGGAAGUACUUUGGAUUCAGGAGGGGUGAUGUACUGCAAACUCAGUGCAGUCAGGGAGCCUUUGCCAUGCCUUUUGGAAACAACCACAACCAGCUGAAGAUGAAGUACUCGACUGAAGCAGAGUAUCCUGACCUGACCAAGCACAAAAACCGCAUGUCCAAAGUGCUCACCCCUGCUAUGUACGAGUGCCUGCACAGCAAACAGACACCGAGUGGCUUCACUCUGGAUGAUGUGAUUCAGACUGGAGUUGUUGAUAACCCAGACCACCCCUUCCUUAUGUCUGAGGGCUGUGUGGCAGGAGAUGAGGAGACCUAUGAGGUGUUUAAAGAGCUGCUGGACCCCAUCAUCCAGGACAGACAGAAUGGAUACAAACCCACUGAUAAACACAAAACUGACCUGAACCCAGACAACCUCAAGGUUUACUGUCCAAACGAGAUCACAUGGGAUUACCUUCCACAGGCACAAAGACAAGAAGACAUUCCUUGUGUGGGUGAAUGAAGAGGAAUGUAUCUCCAUGUAGAAAGACGGCAACAUUGAGGAAGUAUUUACUCGUUUCUGUACAGGCGUCCAUAAGAUUGAGGAGCUGAUCAAGAGCAAAGGCUAUGAGUUCAUGUGGAAUGAGCACCUGGGCUACAUACUUGUUUGCCCAUCUAACCUGGGUCCAGGGCUGCGUGCAGGUGUGCAUGUCAAACUCCACAAUGUUCACAAGCACAUCAUGUUCGAGGAGGUGCUCAGGAGAUUACGCCUGCAGAAACAUGGAACAGGUGGUGUAGAGACUGCUGUAGUGGAUGACGCGUGUGUGAGAUAUCUCUAAUACUUACCGGCUGGGCUUCUCGGAGGUGGAGCUUGUUCAGUUGGUAGUAGAUGGCGUCAAGCUGCUGGUGGAGAUGGAGAAGCGACUGGAGAAAGGCCAAGCCAUUGAUGACCUCAUACCUGCUCAGAAGUAAAUCCAGCAACCGUCCUACCUUACGUAUCCAAAAAAAUUCCACCUUUUCAUCCCCUUCCACAUCCCAUUCCUAUGAGAUAAAUACAUUCUAUA